GCGCAUAUCUGCAUUACGUGAAACCUAAACGCUCUGCUAUGGCGGGGUUCGUUGCCGACUUGUGCAACGUUGAUCUCGUAUAGACGAGGUGCCUUUGUUCCUAUAAAACACUGGAUGCCCGACUCUCCGACAUUGUACUCCAGCCUGUGGUACCCUAGAAGAGGGAAGAGGUACCCUAGAAGAAGAAAAAGGUAUCCUAGAAAAGCCCCCCCAGGCAGGAAAAAGUAUGUGUAUUCUAUUACACCUCCUGAUAUCUCAUGGCCGUGUAUACAUCCAUUCACAUUUUUGUUGAAAACUUCUAUUCUCCUGCCAGAUCGUCAUGUUAGACUCUUCCGACUUUGAUGAUGACUCAUGCACGUCGACCCCGGGUUGCGGCAAGGCGGGCUGCGGCGAUGAGGGCGGCGCCGGCGAGGGCGGAAAUGUGCUCUUCACGAAUUCCUUGUUCGCGGGGCAGAAUAGAGGCUCGCUCGUGGUGCACAAACAAAAGAAACGCGCGGCAGAGGAACGUCGCGCGCGCCAUGCACAGGGCUCGCCCGCAGGAUCUUCCGCCGCGUACCGUCUGGAUUUAUACCUCGUCGACACUGAGGAAGCCUGAAGAGGAUACAGGCUUGUCGCCGCAGGAGUGGAAGCCAGGGGCUCGUUUACUCCCCCGAGGGGGGACUAUGAUGAGUCCGAUGAAAGAGCACUACCAAAGACAGGACAGCAAAGCCCAUCGACGCCAAAGAAGGGGAGCUAUCCGUCUGCACUGGGCUGAGAGCGCUGUUGGUCUGGUUAUCGGUUUCAUGGAGAUGUGGAGGGCCAUACAUAAAGGCCUUUGAAUCAAGCAGAUUCCGUAAAACCUUGACAUUAAUUGGUGUUUUCUUCGAAAAUAGGUUGGUUACAAA